UAUGUGCCCUGACUGGGAAUCAAACCUGCAACCUUUUGAUAUACAGGACCAUCGUCAAGCCAACUGACCCACCCUGCCAGGACAAUCCAGCCAGUUUUUCAUGAAAAAGUGAAGUCCAAUAGGCUGAAGUAGCUGCCCAAGAUCACAAAGCCCAAAAUGGCGGCAGAGGUGGAUUUCGGGGAUUUAGAACUGUUCGAGGCGUUUGACCACCCGGAGGAGUCGCUCGCGAAGCCCGUCCACACGCGCUUCAAGGACGACGACGGCGACGAGCAGGACGAGAACGGGGUGGGCGACGCGGCGCUGCGGGAGCGGCUUCAGCAGUGCGAGGACACCAUCGAGCAGCUCCGCGCCGAGAAUCAAGAACUUAGAAGAAAACUGAACAUUCUGACUCGACCAAGUGGAAUAUUGGUGAACAACACUAAGUUAGAUGGACCUUUAUUACAGAUUCUAUUUAUGAACAAUGUUAUUUCAAAGCAAUAUCAUCAAGAAAUAGAGGAAUUUGUAUCAAAUUUAGUAAAAAGAUUUGAGGAACAGCAGAAAAAUGAUGUGGAAAAGACUUCCUUUAAUCUUUUGCCCCAGCCAUCCAGUGUUGUCCUAGAAGAGGACCAUAAAGUAGAAGAAUCCUGUACCAUUGUAAACAGCAAGGAAGCUUUCAGUGUUGUAGGAAGUGUCCUGUAUUUUACUAAUUUUUGCCUUGAUAAAUUGGGGCAACCGCUCCUAAAUGAAAACCCUCAGCUUACCGAAGGAUGGGAAAUACCCAAGUACCAGCAAGCCUUCAGCCACAUUCUUUCUCUAGAAGGGCAAGAAAUACAAGUAAAGGCAAAAAGGCCAAAGCCUCACUGUUUCAAUUGUGGUUCUGAAGAACAUCAAAUGAAAGAUUGCUCAAUGCCUCGGAAUGCUGCUCGGAUAAGCGAAAAGAGGAAAGAGUACUUGGAUGCCUGCAGUGAGACAAACAACCAGAGUUUCCAGCAGCGGUACCACGCAGACGAAGUGGAAGAGAGAUUUGGAAAAUUCAAGCCAGGAGUUAUUAGUGAGGAACUUCAGGAUGCACUGGGUGUGACGGACAAGAGCCUUCCACCUUUCAUAUAUCGAAUGCGCCAGCUAGGAUACCCACCAGGUUGGCUCAAAGAGGCCGAGCUGGAGAAUUCUGGGCUUGCGCUCUAUGAUGGAAAAGAUGAUGCUGAUGGGGAAACAGAAGCUGGAGAAAUACAUCAGACUCAAAAUGUCACUUAUGAUCUCUCGAAAUUGGUAAACUACCCAGGUUUUAAUAUAUCUACUCCCAGAGGAAUUCCAGAUGAAUGGCGGAUGUUUGGUUCCAUACCAAUGCAGGCCAGUCAGCAGAAGGACGUGUUUGCCAGUUAUCUUACUUCUAACUUCCAAGCGCCCAAUGUGAGGUCCAGCUCCAAGAGGUCUUCGCCGCAGUCCAGCUCCAGGAGUCCGAAGAAGCAGAAGAAGGAAAGCAGCUCCGCCUCCCCUGCCGACAUGGAGCUCGACUCGGAUGCAGAGGCCCUGCAUGGUUCUCCGAGCGGGAACGCUGUUCAGUUUCAGCCACCCUUGCCCCCUGGCACCCCUCCCCAGCUGCCACAGGGCACUCCGCCCACCUUCACCCCUCCGCUCCCCAAGGGCACCCCACCACUGACUCCCGGUGACUCACCACACACCAGGACAGCAUCUGCACCUAUGGACGAGGACACACUGACUCUGGAAGAACUUGAAGAACAGCAGAGGCGGAUUUGGGCGGCCCUUGAGCAGGCCGAGAGCAUAAACAGUGAUUCCGACAUUCCUGUUGACACACCUUUAACUGGAAAUUCAGUUGCCUCUUCGCCUUGUCCAAACGAGCUAGACCUCCCUGUCCCAGAGGAAAAACCAUCUGAAAAGCAGGUGUCAGAUGAGCCUGAGGAACCAGACACUUGUGCAAAGAAAUCGGAAGCGGAGCAUUCCUGCAGCCCAAAGUCUGAGGCGACAUUGCUUUGUCAGGAUGACAAGGAAGAGUCUGCUCAGGUGGACUCUGAAGGUGCUCUUCUCGAGAAUGGCAGUGUUGCGUCAAACUGUGACGUUAGGAAUGGAGGCAGCCAGCAGCAGCUCCUGCCUGUGGACACCAGUCCUUCGACAGCCACUAAAACUCACAGUUUUAUCCCUGACAUGAGCAAGUUCGCCACCGGAAUCACGCCGUUUGAAUUUGAGAAUAUGGCAGAAUCUACUGGAAUGUACCUCAGGAUAAGAAACUUGUUAAAGAACUCACCCCGAAACCAGCAGAAAAACAAGAAGACUUCUGAGUAACUGCUUGACAUGGCACCAAGCCCUGUUCAAUUACUUGUACCUCUGUGUCUGGUCACUGGUCCUGAGUGGGCAGAUAAACCGUCUUCCUGUUUGUCCUUCCCAUGUUUAAAAAUCUAUCCAAGCUUCUCUGUGGCCUAAAGUCGGGCCUGUUUUAAUGAAUGGAGAGAUCGGGCUUGCUGGGUUACUAUAUUUUAUUCUCAUUCAUAAAAACUUGGGGGGAAAUGUAAGUACGAGCUGGUUUAGAGUUUGUUAAGGUUUAUACUAUUUUUGGAUUGUGAGUGUCUGUCAAGAGUGAUGGUUUUUAAUCCGUCUUUUGUACAUUGUUUUCCCUUUCUACAUUUUGCUAAUUAUCACUUUUUAAGA